AUGGCCCUCAGUCUCCAGCAGGCCACAGUUGAAGAGCAGAGCUGCAGGUCUUCAGGCCGCCUGGAGGACCCGAGCUGUUCCCACUGGUUGUGUGUCUCUGUGGUGUCCGUGUGGCAGGUUAUGUGUUUCUGUGGUGUCCGUGUGGCAGGUUGUGUGUCUCUGGUGUCCGUGUGGCAGGUUGUGUGUCUCUGUGGUGUCCGUGUGGCAGGUGACCGGUGGAUGGUGGCGAACAUGAGUGUUUCUGUGGACAUCAGGCUGAAGAGGGCCAACAAGGUCUACCAUGAGGGGGAGGCGCUGAGUGGGGUCAUCGUGCUGCAGUGUAAGGAGCCCCUCCCUCACCACGGGAUCCUGCUGACCAUGGAGGGCCUGGUCAACCUGCAGCUCAGCUCCAAGAGUGUGGGGGUCUUUGAGGCCUUCUACAACUCUGUCAAGCCUAUCCCGCUCCUGAGCAGCAGUAUUGAGGUGGCUCGCUCUGGAAAGAUCCCCGCGGGAAAGACGGACAUCCCCUUUGAGUUCCCACUGCAGGCCAAGGGCAACAAGAUGCUGUACGAGACCUACCACGGGGUCUUUGUCAACAUCCAGUACACACUGCGCUGUGAUGUGAAGCGCCCCCUGCUGUCCAAAGACCUGAGCCGCACCUGUGAGUUCAUUGUCCACUGUCAGCCUCAGAAAGCCAAAGUAUCUCCCUCUCCAGUCUCCUUCAGCAUCACCCCGGACACACUUCAGAACAACCGAGAGAGGGGAGCGCUGCCUAAGUUCCUGGUGCGUGGUCGUUUGGAUGCCACGUCGUGUGUGAUCAAUCAGCCUCUGAGCGGGGAGGUGGUGGUGGAGCACUCGGACAUCCCAGUCAAGAGCAUCGAGCUGCAGCUGGUGCGAGUCGAGACCUGCGGUUGUGCGGAGGGUUACGCCCGCGACGCCACAGAAAUCCAGAACAUCCAGAUCGCGGAGGGCGACGUGUGCCACGGUCUCUCUAUCCCCAUCUACAUGGUUUUCCCCCGACUCUUCACCUGCCCCACCCUGGAGACCACCAACUUCAAAGUGGAGUUUGAGGUGAACAUCGUCAUCGUGCUUCAAGACGACCACCUGAUCACCGAGAACUUCCCUCUGAAACUGUGCAGAGUCUGA